GUCCGAUGAUAAAACUAACUGUAUGUGAGCAAUUGAGUGCUCUGCAGACAAUGAGUCUCACAAACACUCAGUACAAACACUCAUACAUCUUCUUCAACCACUCGAGGACACGAGGAGAAUAUGUGUAACAGAAAAAUACGGGGCCACACCGAACAAAUACCCACACGUAUACCCAUCCCAUCGAUCAAACAAGCCAACACGCACAUGUACAGUCACACGUCUGCCUCGUCAGUGUGUCUGUCGGUCAUGAGCUCAUCGGCCAUGUCCAGAAAUGGCGUGGCCGGGUCGCAGCACACGGCCGAGUGGCACUCCCAAUCGGCCUUGCGACACCCAUCACUGCAGUAGCGGACCGUCAGACACACGCCGCACCACCCAUCGUCAGAUGCCGAACGAUCGGCAUCAGCCGAGCCAGUCGAAGGCUGACCCAUGUCGGCGUGGCACCGGUGGCAGCGGCUCUCUGUGUCAUUCACAUAAGCCCUCAUGGUGUCGAGCACGUGGCGGCCUUGGUCAUUCCAGCAGCUGUCCUCUGUCAAGGUCAGCAUGAAGCGCGUCAGCCGCAAGAGCAGCACCGUGCGAUCGUUGACGAAGGCCUCGACGGCAUCCCGAUACCAUUCGCAACAGAAGAGGCCCCUCUCAAAGACGGGCCGCAUGACGUAGCCGGGCGCACGAGCGAGGCCCCAUCGGUCCAGCUGCUGUCUUAUCCAAUCGAGAUGGGCCAGGCCGUACGCCGCAGCGAGACUCUGCUCGCCGGGAUCGUUGCUUGUCGCGCGGGCCGACUGAUAGUAUUCGCUGAGCAGGGCGUUGAUGUAGCCGAACAGCCAGUGGUCGGUCCCCAAUGCCUCAACGAUGUCGUCACUGAGCUCUGCCAGCUCGUCACAUGAAGGCAGACGGCCGUGUUGGAGCCGAUCGCUGUGGAUGGCCAGUACCCGCUCACGCAGAGAUGACUCACUCGCGAGUGCGGCUGCCAGCUGCUCGGGUGGGUCGUCGUUGCUGAAGGAGUGGCCGCAUUCGUUGCAGCGCCACGAUGGUGCAGGGGAGGGGCUGAAGAUGACGGUGCCAUCGCACAGAUUGGAAUCCGGGCAUGGCAGCAGGCGGCACGUGUCAGGGGCUCUCACACAUCGAUCACAGUUGCACAGGAAGCCCCGCUCUUGCUGGAUGUGGCGGCGUCUGGCGAUGCUGUCCAUCCAGAAGACGACGACGUCUUCAGGAUACCUGCACACAUACACACAGAGAGAGAGAGAUGGACAGAGAAACCCACACCACACGUUGGAACGGAUGAGCACCAUGAGCCGAGGAUUUCGCCAGCUUUGACUGCUCGAUAGACGCGGACACGAGCUGCAUCCAAAUUAUGAGAUGGACCAGCUUUCCACGAUCCGAGAGUCAGAGGGCUUGCGUGUGUCUUGUGCUUUUGCUUUAUUUCAUUCGCACCGACCUUUGUCUUUGUCAGGUAUGACGGACACACAGGGCGAGCAUGAGUGUGGGAUCUUGGAGAUGUUGUCAAACAACGCGUGGGUGUCGUUGGAAUCAGACGUGAUGUACGUGUUCAUGUCCUGGACAACCGAGGUCAGACAACACAGCACGACACAGCACAACACACCUCUGUCCGCCCCUGAUGCUCGCUGCGCCCCUGAUUCACCGCUCACCCAAAUAGUGAUUGCGUCCACCACCUCCUCCCGGCUGAGCAACCCGCCAUCCUCCUCACUGCCCUCUCUCGAGCUCAUGUACUCGUCGGCGAGCGACUGCGGCUUGGCCUUCUGGCCGUACUCGGCCGCCAUGUCGUGGGCGAGGAACUGACGCCGGAAGAGCUCGUAUCUGCCGGGCUGGUCUCGCUUCAGCUCUUCCACACAGGCAAGUGCCUCCGCUGUGCCGCCUGUGCAGGAGAGGAACGCCUCUUCAAAGAUGAUGACCUCGCCCUCAUCGAGAUCCCGGGAAGCACACAGUACUCGGCCACCUGCAUCCACAGCAUAGCACAGGUAUGAUCAGAUCAGGCAGCUGAGCUGCAUCCACGAGUGCCAUCCAUCAGCAUCUUACCGAGCGAGGGCCGCACUUCGACAUGGAAGGCAGACGGCGGCUCGUCAGGCGUGACGAAGUGCGACAUCGAAUAUGAAGGUCUCCUCGGUGCUGGAGAGUACGAUGAUGCUGUGGCGAGAGAGAGUGCCC